UCGCACCCGGAAACAAACCCCCACUUCCGGAAUCAAACCCCUCCUACUUCUCUGAGCGCGAAGUUCAUUUGUGCCGAAGAUGGGCUAGUGUGAGGACCUCCUCAGAACUCCGAUGCAUUUAGGAAAAACGUAUAUAAUGCAAAAAGAACUUACAGUUUGUAGGACUUUCGUCGUCUUUUCGAUGCUGUUGUCCUCGAGCAAGCAUUCGUUGUCUGAACUCUUUGAUGGAAGAAAAGCCUUCACAUCCGCAACAAGCGAGCCUUCAACGACUUCACGGCGGUCUCCUGUGGACUCUCCGGCGAAAGAAAAGCCUCAGCAGCCUCCGCAAGCAAGUCUUCAACGGAGGGACAUUUGACCUCUUUUUCGACAAUUUUGUCCGGGAACAAUUCUUCAACGGCAGGAGUCUUUUGCGGGUUUAAAACUUCCUCCUCCUCCGCAAGCUGGUCUUCGGAACGUUUUGGCGGGAAGUGUGAUGCCUACUCGGUUAAGACCAUCCACCGGGCCAAAGGGGUAAAAGAAACAUCUGCAUGGAGCAUCAAGCCAAGGUGGAGGAUGUGUUUUUGUGCCCCAGGACACUGAUGGGCGCCAUGGAUUGUCAGAGGGACACCUUGGAGAGGAUAUUCCGGGUGUCGUUAGUCAUCGACACCCACAACCUGCCGCAGUUCUCGCCCGGGUCUAUGUUUUUGCAGCUACAAGGGGAGAUCCGUGAUGUUAAAGCUGCAAAGUUAUUUUUGAGAGGACUUAUCAACCAGGAGGAGCAGCAAGAGCUGUCCUAUCCUGUAGUGCUGAACUGCAUCUUCUGUGGGGCCAGGGGCAUCUUUUUAGACUGCAUCAUUAAGAGCACCUCAGCACACAUUGUGGUGGGCUCCCCAGGCUCCCUGCUCAUAUCCGGUCUUGCUGUUGCUGUGGUGCAAGCGUACUCCCUCAUUACAGACUUGAUUGAGAGAUAUAAUGGCAUGCAGGUCGGACGCUUGGAGACUGAAGACAAGACUUCAGAUGAGUUGUGUGUUUCCCGCCGGGUCUUUAAGGCUCUGGUGGAAAAGUGUGAGGACCGACAUAUCCUGGAUCUCCUGGUGCUGCCUGGGUCUGUAAAGGAAGCCCUACUGGACUUAGUGAACGAGACAGGACUUGGGGCAAACAAGAUGCUAGAUGUUCAAGCUGAAUGUUCAGCAUUGCAUGAGGUCAGCCUUCCUAGGGUGACUUCUGGUGCUCUAAGUGCUCCUAAGAAAAACCAAGUUGAAAGUCCAGAAAAGGUGGAAGAACUGUUGCAGGGGGAACAGAUGGAAACAUCAGGGAGUGGGGACAAGGAGAGCGUGCAGAUGCCACCAGAGGCAAACAAGGAAUUCAUGCUUAUGUUGAAGUUUUUCACAGCCAUGGGUUUCAAGGAAGAAAUAGUGAAACGAAUCCUGAGCCAAGUAGGGCCCACAGAGGCAGUUGAGAUACUGGACCUGGUUCAGCAAGAGCAUGAUUUUGGGGACUUUGAUAGUCAGAGCCAAAAGAACUCGCCUUGUGAGACGGAAGAUGAGACUGCAGGAGGUGAAGGAGGCAGAAAUGUGUCAAAAGAAGUCGGUGAACAUCAGAAAGAUGGGGACUUUGUGUCAGAGGUGGUAAAGAAAGCCGCUGUGAGCUGUGGCUACAAAGAGCAUGAGGUGACCAAGGUUUACAAUGAGUUACCCGACGGAUCCACUGGCCAGUUUCUCCUGGAGCUGCAGAAGGAGGGUGGCAGCAAGAAGAAAACAUCCAGGAAGGUAGAAACAGGACUAGACAUCUCGGUAAAGGAUGAGAAUGACAAAGCUGCAAUGACGAAGCGUGAUGGGCCCGUGCAAAAUGAGGACAGAAAUGUUUCACAAAAAGAAAAACUAACCGGAUAUCGUGAUUGGUUCUGUUCUGAGAAAGUCACACCACACCCCGAUUCUGUCAAAGGACCACCCAUGCCUAUGUAUGUCGCGUCUUCUGAUCCCCCGCUCCAAAAUGUCAAAGGACAAAAGUCCCCAUCCCCGAGGUGCCCAAAGGAAGCACCCCCCGCUGAGCGAUCUCUCAAAAGGUUCAAGGAACACCGCGGUUUGGCCUCUGCUUCUUCAGUGGUGGUGACAGGGGAGCAGCGUUUCCUUGAGGGUCUGCAGACACCCUUUGGCCUCCAGUUAAUAGACAAGCCAGGGAAUCCCAAGCUAAGGACUAUCGUCAUAGAUGGGAGUAACGUGGCAAUGAGUCACGGGCUGGGACAAUUCUUCUCAUGUCGAGGUAUUGCUCUGGCUGUUCAGCACUUUUGGGACCGUGGUCAUCGUCACAUUAGCGCCUUGGUGCCCCAGUGGAGGCAAAAGAAUGACCCUCGCAUCAGAGAGCAGCACUAUCUGAGUGAGCUGCAUAAACUUGGCCUUCUGUCUUACACUCCUUCCAGGGUGGUCAGUGGGAAGAGGAUUUGCUCGUAUGAUGACAGACAAAUGCUGCAACUUGCACAGAAGACUGAUGGAGUGAUCGUGACUAAUGACAAUCUUAGGGACCUCUUGGAUGAGUCGCUUGUGUGGAGGGACAUCAUCAAAGAGAGACUGCUCCAGUACACGUUUGUUGGCGAUCACUUUAUGGUUCCAGAUGACCCACUUGGAAAAGGAGGGCCUCAUUUGGAUGACUUCCUCUCUGCAGAGCACAGGACACCCGAUCCUGGAAACCACUCAUUUGCUGGUGUCGCCACCAAUGCCCCCCUUUUGAUUCCUCCACGCUCACAAACCGAAGUCUUGGACUUCCGAGACCGAACAGCAGGCGGAACAAUGGGUGCAGCUGGUGGAGAGACCCAGGGCGGGGUGGCAUGGGAAGUGGAGCCCCAGCACAGAACACCAGAGGACACGGCGAGCUUGAGGGAGCAACUCUCUCAAGUCUUUACGGGUCAGAGCGACAUUGUAACGCUGGUGCUGAAUCUCUGCCCAGCAGAGACUGACAUUAAUGUGCUUUCAGAGUUUCUUUUAGAACUUUAGGAAGACUAUCAAUGUUUAUUUUUGUGUCUGCUUUUAUCAGACUUAUUUUAAACGCAGCCACAUUCCCUAUGCAGACCUGCUGUUCGCCAUGAUGCGCACCAGAGCUUGCACCGGGUGUUCAUUUAUGUCACUCACAAAGAAAACUUAUUUCAAAAGGACAAUCCUGUUGUUCCACUUUCAGUUCCUGUAAAAAAAAAAGAGAAGCAUUUUCUUAAUUUCCACCAAUGUAGUUAAGCUAAUGUCAACAAUAUUUGUCUGACUUAUUUUCUAAGACAGACACUUUGUGGAAUAUCAUGGAAAAGGUUCAAAGAAGCCGAUCAUCAGUGUUAACCACACCAUGUUGUACUUUACAGAGGAGCAUCAGCUUGCUCCAUCUGACCGGUUGGGUGACUUUUGUACAGCACUGCAGUUAUUUAAAGGACAUCCUCUGACAGAAUUGUUGAUUCGUUUCCAUGCUAAAUUAUGCUUCAAGGUGUAUUUUUAAAUUUGUACAGUUUAUUGAUUAUUAAAUAUAUAUGUAUAUACAGUAUAUUGUAUAUAGUGACCCAGUUCACUAGAGUGCUGAAACAAAAGUGACUUUUCUGUUCUUGAUUUAAAGAGAUGAAAGUGCCACAUGGUGGCUACAGGAUGUGUAGUGCUGGUGCCUCACAAAAAGAUGGUUCUGCAGAUCCCCGAGCUCAGGGUCUUUCCGCGUGGAGUUUGCAUGUUCUCCCCAUUACUCCAGCUUCCUCCCCCCUCCGAAGACAUGUACCUGGGGAUAGGUUCAUUGGCAAAAACAAAAUUGGCCCUAGUGUGUGAAUGUGAGUGUGAAUGUUGUCUGUCUGUGAAGACUUGUCCAGGGUGUACCCUUUCUGCCCGAGUGCAGCUGGUACUCCGAAAGGAACAAGCAAUGGAAAAUGGAUGGAUGGUGUGAAUAGUAAUGUUUUGUCCAUGUUGUACAAACGUAAAAUGUUUUGACUUUGGAGCAAAACACCCUCAGACCAGAUAUUCUGUUUUCAUUUGAAGACUUGUUUAAAUAAAAACAAUAUCGAUGCAGUACUCCA